UACUUAUACUUUAUAUCACUGUUUAUAAUUAUAUCAUUAUCUAUUAAGUUAAACAAAAAAUUAGUUUUAUGGUUAUAUUUUUAAAUAUAUAUCAGUUAAAUUUCAUAAUUAAACAUUUUUAAGAUAGAAUGCAUAAAUAAACAAUAUUAAGAUUAAUUUCUACAUUUUUUUUAAACACGAACAAUUAAAAAUGAACAACUUAAUGAGGUUACGUCCGUUUGCAAAGUGUUUAAAUAGUCGAAAAUUACAUUUUGCAAAAUAUAUUUUAGAUGCCGAGAACAAACAAUUGUAUGAAGAUGUUUUUCCUGAUAUUUGCAUGAAUGAUAUAAAAAAAUUAUGGAAAAGCCCACCACAAUGUAUAUAUGCUGGAUUUGAUCCAACUGCAGAAAGUUUGCAUAUAGGAAAUUUGUUAAUUCUUAUUAACCUUUUACAUUGGCAGCGUUGUGGUCAUGAAGUAAUUAUUCUAUUAGGAGGUGCAACAGGUUUAAUUGGUGAUCCAAGUUAUAGAAAAAAAGAGCGUGUUGAAAUAGAUCAAAUUAUACUUAAAGAAAAUUUAGAAUGUAUAAGAAAUGAUAUUAAAACUAUUAUUAGAAACCAUACACAAUAUUUCUGUAAAAAUCAUAAUCAUUUAAUUCCUAUAAAAAUAUUAAACAACUUACAAUGGUACAAAGAUAUGAAUCUAUUAUCAUUUAUCAAAGAUGUCGGAAAAUAUUUUAGAAUGGGUACAAUGCUUGGUCGUACAUCUGUACGAGCAAGAUUAGAAUCUGAUAAUGGAAUGAGUUUUACAGAAUUUACUUAUCCAAUUUUCCAAGGAUAUGACUGGCUUCAUUUACAACGUACAUAUAACUGCAAUUUUCAAGUUGGAGGUCAAGAUCAAAUGGGAAAUAUAAUAUCUGGUUAUGAUUUAGUUACUAAAUAUACUAAAAAUCAAGUUUAUGGAUUGACAUUACCUCUAAUCACAGCUGAAGGUGGAAAAAAAUUUGGAAAAUCUACAGGCAAUGCAAUUUGGCUAUCCCCUGCAAAGUCUUCUAGUUUUCAAUUAUAUCAAUAUUUUAUGAGAGUAGAAGAUGCUGAUGUAGAAAAAUUUCUUCAUUUCUUUACAUUUUUACCUUUAGUUAAAAUUAAAAAAAUUAUAGAAGAACAUUUUAAAAAACCAGAACUGAGAAUAGCACAGAGAAAUCUAGCUGAGAAAGUUACAAUAUUAGUUCAUGGAGAAGCAGGAUUAAUUGCAGCAAAAAGAGCAUCUGCUAUUCUUUAUGAUAAAUCAAUUGAUUCUUUAGCAAAAAUGAAUGCAAAUGAAUUGGUACAAAUAUUAGAAGGUGCUAAUUUAAUAGAACUUCUUUCUGAACCAGGUAUUAAUGUUUAUGAAUUAGCUAUGAAAGCAAACUGUUUUAAAUCAGAUUAUGAUGCAAGAAGAAUUAUUGAAGCUGGUGGAUUCUACAUUAAUUAUCAAAAAAUUACAAAUAUGGAAGAAGUUGUUGUACCUGGAAUACACAUAUUAAAUAAUAAUAUAUCAUUACUUAGAGUUGGAAAAAAGACUUAUCAUAUUGUACAUUGGAUAUAAAAUAAAAAAAUUAUUUUGAUUAAAAUUUA